GCUUGCUUAAAAUCCAGCUUCCUGCUUGCUGCUCCAGCUUCGCUCAGUCCAUGUCCUGGACCCUGGUCUGCUCGAACACACAAGUCUAUCAGGAAGCAGAAUUCACAGUGUACGGGUACACUACUUGAGUAUGAGCUUCUUUGGGCAACGUCAAGCAAGGGAGGACCCAGAAAUUCGACUUUGGGACGGCCAUAAUGACGAUGAUGGUGGCAGACACGGGGUUGGAGAUAUUGAGAUGCAAAGUCCCGAGAAUGAUUCAUCAGAAAAUGGGAAAACGAAAAAGAGGCAACAACCAGAGUGGAUGGGGAAAAUCCCCCAUCGUUGGCAACAACCAGAGUGGGUUGGGAAAGUCCCCAAUCUUUGGCAACAACCAGAGUGGAUUGGGAAAAUGCUCCACCCAAAGAGGCAACCAUCAACUCAAUUCUGGUAUAUAUUUUUGGCAGUGUCGUGUGUGAUUUCACUAUCGGUGGACCCUUUCUUCUUUUACAUUCCCGUGAUCAAUGAAGUCGGAAAGUGCGUUGAUUUCGAUAGAACAUUAUACAUCGCAAUUGUUUGUCUCCGAACGCUCCUAGACUGCAUUUCUCUUGUGGAUAUCAUAUUGUCAUUUCUUCGUUCUUUAGACAAGGAGAAAGAAACGAAGGGAGAUACUAGUCAUGUUUCGCUCAGAAGAAAGAGGUACUUGAAAGUCGCAAAUGAUAUCGUCGCCAUUCUUCCAAUCCCGCAGGUGCUGUUUCUAAUUCUCUUUUCAAAAAGUAUGAGAGGUUCCAAAUCUUUGGACAAGAGGAAAGUCUUGAGCGGUGUUGUUUUACUCCAAUAUCUGCCAAGAGCUCUUCGUGUCUACCUGUCAUGGACAAAAGUAUUCAUCCACAGGAAUAUUAUGAUCAUCGACCUAUCUAAGACCGUCAUAGCAGUGAAAGCUGGAUUCAACUUGUUUCUAUUCAUUAUUGCCAGUCAUUCUGGUACAGUGGCAUCCAUGGAUUUUCCGCGAAAGACCUUGUACUGCUUUUGGUGGGGCCUCCGAAAUUUGAGUUCUUUUGGUUCAAACCUUCAAACAAGUCCGCAUUUCUGGGAGAACAGCUUCGCAGUUUUAACUUCCAUCUCUGGCUUGGUUCUGUUUGUAUGCUUCCUUGGACAUUUGCAGAUGUAUAUGCAGUGGGAGGCAUCUAUGCAGUUGGAGGUAGCUAAGCAAAUGAAGUUGGAGGAAGCUAAGAAAUUAGAACGUAGCCGUUGGCAGCACUAUGAGUUGAAAGACAAAAAACUGAAAAUACUUGAGUGGAUAGACGGAAACCCGAGGCUUAAAGAAAUAAAACAGCAGAUCAUAGACGAGGUAGAUCGACUGUUUGCAGAAUAUAAAGAUAUUGAUGUAGAGAAUCCGUUUCCUCAUCUUCCCAUGUUCAUUAGAAGAAAAAUUCAGCACCAUCUCUGCUUACCCCUACUACAGAAAGUGCCACUUCUUCAAAAUGAGAGUGAAGAUGCGUUGAAAUUGAUUAGCUGCGACUUUCUCAAGCAAGUGAGCUACGAUGCGAACAGUUACAUUGUUCGGGAGGGAGAACCACUUGAUGCAUUGCUCUUCAUCACGCGAGGCAUCAUAUGGACCUAUACAACUGGUCCUGAUCAUCGUCAAACUGGGUGUCUUAAAACCGAUGACUUCUAUGGAGUUGAACUGCUAGAAUGGGUGUUCAAGUCCCCCUCCUUGCCGGACCCAUCCAACCUCCCCUUCUCGACCAGGACUCUCAGAUGCCAUACAAAAGUCGAAGCUUUCGCUCUUACGGUCGGCAACAUACAGCAUAUGCUAUAUCAACACUGGUCGAAGUUUAGCAAGUUCAGAGGGAUGACCGACUCCAAUUUGGUGCAAAGUUUUGUCGUAUCAAACGUUCAAGCAGCAUUUCGUCGCAGGCGAAACACUCGUCAAAUGAUGAUACCUGGUGAGUCUGAACAGAAGGCUAGGAAGACCGCAAGUGACGUGGAUAACACUACUUAGGCAAGAUUUUAAGAGUACUGCUUAAAAUCGACCACAGUAAAUGGACACUCCGAAUUAUGCUAGUCGUUUUCAGUGAAUGGUUAGAUCAGUAGAUAAAAAAUAAAUGUUUGUGAGGUCGGGAAGCUAGUAGGUUCUGUUGAUUUGGUGUUUUAUUUUUAAAGGAAAGUACCGUAUUCCAAUUUUAUUGAUGACUUCACUUAUGAUGGAUUAAUACCGUGUACAAAGGGAGAAAAUUAAUAACAAAAUUUUUUCAAAGGGUC